AUGGGAAGUGGAGAGUAUGGAGGUGGUGGAGGAGAGAGAUUCUCCCAUUCUGGCUACGAGCUGGAAGGCCCCAUCACCGCCAUCCGUGUCCGGGUCAACAGAUACUUCAUCGUAGGUCUCCAGGUACGCUACGGCAAGGUGUGGAGCGACUACGUGGGCGGCUCCCAGGGGGACCUGGAGGAGAUCUUCCUGCACCCUGGGGAGUCCGUGAUCCAGCCUAGUCUCCAGGUACGCUACGGCAAGGUGUGGAGCGACUACGUGGGCGGCUCCCAGGGGGACCUGGAGGAGAUCUUCCUGCACCCUGGGGAGUCUGUGAUCCAGGUGUCUGGCAAGUAUAAGCACUACUUGAGGAAGCUGGUCUUCGUGACAGACAAGGGCCGCUACCUGCCUUUUGGGAAAGACACAGGCACGAGUUUCAACGCUGUCCCCUUGUACCCCAACACUGUGCUGCGGUUCAUCAGUGGCCGCGCCGGCGCCCUCAUCAAUGCCAUUGGCCUGCACUGGGAUGCCUACCCCAGUGACUGAGGCAGCUGCUGAUCCUCAGCUCGUCCCAGGCCCCGCCCGCAGUGGGGGUGUUGACAAAGUCUUCACCGCUAACCUCAUCCACAUGGCAAAAUAAAAACAAU